AUGGGCAACGACAAGAAGAUCGGCGCCUAUUAUGCGCCCACUGGUGGCCUGCCACCCCAAACACAGCUCCUUACCGACCGCGCCAUGUUCACCGAGGCCUACGCGGUCAUCCCCAAAGGCACAUUCAGCGACAUUGUGACGAGCUUCCUGCCAUUCUGGGAUAAGACACGGUUAUGGGUGAUUGCCCGUCCGCUCUCCGGCUUCGCCGAGACCUUCUCACAAUACAUCAUGGAAGUCCAACCCGGUGGUGGCAGCGACCGCGCCGAACUCGACGAGGGUGCCGAAGGUGUGGUGUUCGUGGUUGAGGGCGAAGUCACCAUCACGCUGGCCAGUGAAUCGCACACCCUUACCGAGGGUGGCUACGCUUAUCUGCCACCCAAGAGUGGCUGGACCCUGCGCAAUGGUGGCGCGAGCACCGCUCGUUUCCACUGGAUUCGCAAGGCUUACGAACCCGUGGAGGGUCUCGAUAAGCCUGACCCGUUGUUCCUGAAUGAGAAGGAGAUCAAGCCUACUGAGAUGCCUGGUACUAAUGGUGCGUGGGCAACUACCCGCUUCGUGGACCCCUCUGAUCUGCGUCACGAUAUGCACUGCACCAUUGUUACCUUCGAGCCUGGCGGUGUCAUUCCCUUCGCUGAGACUCACGUCAUGGAGCACGGUCUCUAUGUGCUGGAGGGUAAGGCGGUGUACCGGCUGAACCAGGACUGGGUGGAGGUUGAGGCGGGUGAUUUCAUGUGGCUGCGUGCUUUCUGCCCGCAGGCUUGCUAUGCUGGUGGCCCGGGCAAGUUCCGCUACCUGCUCUAUAAGGAUGUCAACCGCCACAUGAAGCUCGCUCAUCACUCCCGACUUUAA